CAACCAACCACAAGGCUUAACCAGAAACUCAGAAUGCUCAUCUAUAAAUACCCAUUCACUGAAACUCAACAUAUCAAUCACAGAGAUAACGCAAGACAACAUAUUGCAUACAUACCAAGUUCUAGCAAAUCGCAUAGCAUUGAGAAUGUCGUCCGAUUGCGAAGGGAAGAAUUCGUGGCCGGAGCUCGUCGGGGCUCAGGGAGAAACGGCUGCAGCAACGAUCGAGAGGGAGAAUUCUCUGGUUAGCGCGGCGGUGCUGUUAGAAGGAACACCAGUUAUUAGGAACUUCGAUUGCACUAGGGUUUGGGUUUGGGUUGAUGAGGACGGUGUGGUUACCAAGGUCCCUAAGAUUGGUUAGAGUUUGAAGCACUUGGUGCUUGAUUUUUACUCUUCAUUAACCUGUUGGUGGUUGAAGAAAAUAAAAUGGAGUUGAUGUUUCUCCAUGAGUACUAAUCGCUCAAUAAAAGAGGGUUAUGAACCAAAAAAAAUCUGGUUUGUCCAUCUUUUCUCAACUUUCUAAUUUUAAUAAGUUCUCCCCAUAUUUGAUCUA